AUGGAUCAGGAGAACAGGAUUGUUGUACUGAUAGAUAUGGAUUGUUUUUAUUGUCAAGUAGAAGAAAAAUUAAAUCCUCAAUUAAAAGGCAAACCAAUCGCUGUCGUGCAAUAUAAUCCCUGGAGAGGAGGAGGAAUCAUCGCCGUGAACUAUGUAGCUCGAGCUAUGGGAGUAACGAGGCACAUGAGAGGUAAUGAAGCUAAACAGAAGUGUCCAGAAAUACAGCUACCAUCAGUACCGUGUUUCCGAGGGAAGGCUGAUAUUACCAAGUACAGAGAAGCAGGCAAAGAUGUUGCAAAGGUCCUACAAAGAUUUACACCUUUAUUGGAAAGAGCUUCGAUUGAUGAGGCAUAUUUAGAUAUCACAGACCCAGUGCAAAAAAGAAUACAAAGUCUUGAUAUCAGGGACAUAAAUUCUGAUAUGUUGCCAAAUAAUUUUGCCCUCGGUUAUGAUAAAUUAGAUUCCUUCAUAUCUGAUGUACAUAGCUGUGGGUUUUCAUGUAUGGACUUUGACUAUGAACAUUCAAAACAUCUACUAGUCGGUGCUCUUAUAGUUAGUGAGAUAAGGGCUGCGGUAUACGCUGAAACAGGCUACCAAUGUUCAGCUGGGAUAGCUCACAAUAAAAUUUUGGCCAAGCUUGUAUGUGGUAUGAACAAGCCUAACAAACAGACGGUGUUACCAAAACAUUCUGUUAAUAUCCUAUACAAGACUUUGUCACUUAAAAAAGUAAAGCAUUUGGGAGGGAAGUUUGGAGAUCAUGUUGUUGAAACUCUUAAGAUAAGCACAAUGGGACAGCUGCAGGCAUUCACAGAAAAGGAUCUUCAAGCGAGAUUUGAUGAAAAGAAUGGUUCCUGGUUAUACAAUAUUGCUCGCGGUAUUGACUUGGAACCGGUUCAAGCUAGAUUUAACCCUAAAAGUAUUGGAUGUUGCAAACAGUUGAGAGGUAAAGCAGCUCUGCAAGAUUUAGUGAGCCUUAAGAAGUGGCUUCGAGACCUGGGUGAUGAAAUAGAGAACCGAUUGGAACAGGACUCAUUAGAAAACAAUCGGAUCCCAAAGCAAAUGGUUGUUAGUUUUUCUUUGCAAGGUCCCAAAGGCAAGAGAGAUAUAAGUAGUUCAAGAUCUUACAAUUUCAGCCCCGAAGAUGAAUUAUGUGGAGAAAUAUUUUCAAAUAAGGCUUUGGAACUAGUGCUGGAUAGUGCUGAAGGCUGUAAACCAAUAGAUGGGGAACCCAACAGGAUGUUGAAAGCAGCAAUAACAUUUUUAGGCAUAAGUGUUGGGAAGUUUGAUGAUAACAAUGAUACGAAGAAAACGAGAAAAAUCAAAGAUUAUUUUAGUGCUGGGUCGUCUAAAGAUGUAUCACAAAUUGAUGAAAACAUUAAAAUGAAACCUGAGAGUUGUGUUGAGAAGGAUGGAACCAAUGCUGAGAAGGAAUUUGUUUUACGAAAAUACUUCGAAUCGUCUGAUGACGUUCAAAAAGAAAAUGUUACAAGCAAAGUGAGUGCUGAAGCGGAAAAAUGUAACGAGACGGUAUUACAGUCAAGUUUGGACAAACAGGAGUCAUUUUUUGCAAAAUUUUUAAACAGUGGAAGAUCGAAUGUUACGGAUGACAAAACGCCUUGUACUCGUACUGUGACUCCUGAUUGUAACGUGGAAUGUAAUGAAGCCAGUAAUGACACGGACUAUUCAGGUUCAACUAUCAAUGAGGAAAUCAACAGAAGUAUAGCUCUCUUUGAAGACGAUCCAGAUGAUGUAACUAGAGUUGUUAAUAUGAGACAGUUGUUGAAGACAUCAGAAGCGAAGUUAGAAGAUUUGGAAGAUGGCGACAAAGCUCAGACUGAAACAGAAAUUUUAGACCGAAAUAAGUCCCCCGAUAUAAACAGCGUUGAAUGCUCUGAAUGUGGCAAAACAGUGGCUUUAAACAAAUUCGAUGAACACUCAGAUUAUCAUUUAGCACUUAAACUAAGAGACGAAAUGAGGCAGGAGGUAAGGAGAGAACAGAAUAGAACAAAAUCUGUUCUGACAGAAACAAAAAUGAAUUCUCCAAAUAAAAAACAAACACCAGAAAAAACGUGCAAUAGAAAUGAUAGUGUACCUUCAAUAGUCAAUUUCUUUACAAAAUUCGAUAGAUCCAUUGAAACAAAAUUAUGUACGGAAUGUGGAAAGAAAGUUCCCAUUAACAAAUUCCCUGAACAUUUAGAUUUCCACGAAGCUCAGAAAUUAAGCAGAGAAAUAAAUAAUAGGUCAAAUGUUAUAAAUAUAACGAGUACUAGUGUUAAAAGAAAAAGGAAAUCUUCAUCUCCAGUCAAAAAAACCAAAGUGCCUUGUAAAUCAAUAGAUCUGUUCUUUAGACAAUAG